AUGGAAUCAGUUAUUGGACAAGUAAAUCAAGUAAUUAAAACUACAUUAGGACCAGAAUGGGAUUUAAGUUUACUCAUUAGUAAAGCUUUAGGUUAUGGAAUUAUUGCAGGCUCAUUAUUAUUAAAAGUACCACAAAUACUUAAAGUUGCAAGUAGCAAAUCUGCAGAAUCUUUAUCUGCUUCAUCAAUUGCCAUGGAAAAUAUUGGUUUCACAAUUUCACUCCUUGCAGGUUAUAAAUUAUUGAAUCCAUUUUCAACCUAUGGUGAAAGUGCAUUCAUUUUAGUUCAAAAUUUCUUCCUUUUAAUUUUAGUUUUAAAAUAUACUCAAAAAUUAAAUGCUGUCUUUUUUACUGGUUUAGCUUUAUAUGCAGGAGCUGUUUUUGCUGCAUUAAAUUAUGUCGAUAACGAUGGUUUCAAUUUAUUAUUGAAACUCAAUAUUCCAUUAUUCAUUAUUAGCAAAUUCCCACAAAUCAUUACCAUCAUCAAGAAUAAGAGUGUUGGUCAACUUUCAUUCAUUACUUGUUUCUUAAAUUUGGCUGGUAGUUUAGCACGUGUUUUCACAACCAUCAAAGAAGUUAAUAAUCCAGUUAUUUUAUUAAGUUAUGGAAUUGGAAGUUUCUUAAAUAGUAUUAUUUUAAUCCUCUUCUUUGUAUAUGGAACUAAAAAAGUACCAGCAAGAAAACAAGUUGGUACUAAGAAAACAAAUUAA